GUCCAAGUGAUCUCAUUGUUCAAUUCCCACCUAUGAGUGAGAACAUACAGUGUUUGGUUUUCUGUCCUUAAAGGACUGUUUUUAUAUGAUUUCCCCAGCAGAACAAGACAGAGAAAAAAUUGCAUUUACAAUACCAGGUAUCAAUAAUGAAAUGCCAGCUUGUCAAUUUCAUUGGGAAAGUGCUUCCUCAAGGAAUGCUAAAUAGUCCUACCAUGUGUCAGUAUCAUGUAAAUCAAGCUUUGCUACCCAGUAGAAAAAAAUUUCCUGAUUGCAAGGUUAUUCAUUUUAUGGAUGAUAUUCUACUGGCAGCCCCAAUGGAUCCAAUGCUUUUAGAUUUAUUUACCUCUGUCAUAAAGGAUACACAGCUAAAAGGUUUAAUCAUUGCACCUGAGAAAGUAUAGAUGUCUUUUCCUUGGAAAUAUUGUGGGUACAUACUAACUUCCCAGUCAGUAAGACCUGAAAAGGUUAAAUUAAAUAUUAGCAACUUACACACCUUAAAUGAUGAUCAGAAAUUACUAGAUGAUAUCAACUAGCUCCGCCCCACUCUGGGUAUAUCUGUGGAUAAGCUGCAAAACCUGUUUUCUAUCUUAAAGGGCAAUACAGCCCUAGAUUUUCCCAGAUAUUUAACCCCUGAAGCAAAAAAGGAAAUAGAACAAACCAUCUCUCAGAGGCAGCUAGAUCGCAUAGAUCCAGUCUACUCAAUUCAACUGUUUAUGUUUCCCAUCAAACACUCCCCUAAAGGGUUAACUGCAGACCCCAGGAUUGUGCUUUCUAGAAUUUUUUUUUUUUUUUUCUCACAUACCAGGACUAAAACACUAUUUCCCUAUAUCCAGUUACUUAGUAAAGUCAUCUAUUCAGGCUGCAAAUAAUGCAGUCAGUUGCUAGGUUAUGAUCCUGAUAUCAUCAGGAUUCCUUUAAGUAAAAAGCAGUUAGAAGCAGUAUUGCCCUUAUCGAUGCAAAUAGCACUCUCCAAUUACACAGGACAAAUAGAGCAUGUCCUUCCUGCUGAUAAACUCCUUCAUUUCUUAUCUCAUACUCCUGUGAUCUUGCCUACACAAAUAGUUCACUCCUCCAUACCUAAUGCUUUAACACUGUUUACUGACGGAUCUGGUAAGUAUGGAAAGGCAGCAGUCUGGUGGAGAUGACAUAAUUCAUUCACUUGAUCUGGAUUUACUAGCACUCAAAGAGCUGAGAUUGGAGCCCUGGUAUUGGCCUUGGAAACUUUUUCCACUCAGUCCAUCAAUAUUGUUAGCAAUUCUGCCUAUUAUGUUUAUUUAUUGCAGAACCUUGAAACAGCCCUAAUUAAUGUCACUCUGGAGCCCACCCUAUGUGCUCUUUUUCUUUGACUUCAGCAAUUGCUAGAUUAAUGUAUACAUCCUAUUUUUAUCACACAUAUUUGAGCCCACAGUUCACUGCCUGGCCUAUUGGCUUAUGGCAAUGAUCAAGCAGACCUUCAGGUUAUGAUAUCACUGCUUGACCAAGCCACCCAAUCGCAUCAAUUUUUCCACCAAAAGUGGAGACACUGACGAGUUGAUGGGUGCUGACGAGUUGAUGGGUGCUGACGAGUUGAUGGGUGCAGCACAGCAACAUGGCACAAGUAUACAUAUGUAACAAAUCUAAACAAUUUCAACUUACCCAGAGACUAGCUAAACAAAUUAUCCUGCAAUGCCCAGAUUGCCAGCUCACAGGCACAUCCCCACCUUCAACAGCUAUUAAUCUUAGAGGACUGGAACCCAAUCAGUUAUGGUAAACAGAUGUUACACACAUCCUUGAAUUUGGAAAACUUAGAUACAUACGUGUAUCCAUUGAUCCCAAUUCUCACUUAAUUAGUGCCCAUGCUUUGCCUGAAGAGUCCACCCAACAUGUCAUUAAAUAUCUUCUUUUAACUUUUGCAUUUAUGGGAGAGCCCACAAAAAUUAAAACUGAUAAUGGUCCAGUUUAUGCCAGCUCACAAUUUCAACAAUGUUGUCACAUGUGGAAUAUCCAAUAUUCCACAGGCAUCCCAUAUAACCCCCAAGGACAGGACAUAGUAGACCGUGCCCACUCCACCCUUAAAAAUAUGCUCAAAAAACAGAAAAGGGGGAGUAUGGGUAAAGACCCUGCAACACUACUAGCACAAGCCUUAUUUACCCUUAAUUUUAAAAAUUUAGAUGACAAAUUUCAAUCAGCCAUAGAAAAGCACUUUGCUAAAACCUCUCAAGACAUAAAACCUGCAGUUUUAUGGAAAGAUAUAAACAGUAACAUAUGGUGUGGUCCAAAUGAAUUAUUAACUUGGGGAAGAGGGUAUGCUUCUGUCCGCACCCCCUCAGGUCCUCUUCAGAUUCCAGCCCUAUGCAUCAAACCAUACCAUGGCAUGGCCAGGACCCAACCUGGUACCAGAAAUGAAGGAACUGACCUUACAGGACCCACAGCCCCAGACGAUGUGGCUUCCGUGGAAGACACAAGCCCCGGACAUCACCUGGGGAUGCAAAGCUGGAAUAAGAGUAAUGACCACCUCGCUAGACAGACUUGUUGCUGCACACAUCUGUACUCUUCAGUCAACUGAACCCGAUGUAAAGAACAGAAAAGGGAGAGAUGUGGGAUUUCAGACAGACUGGUGGUGUAUCUGGAAUUUAUUCCUUCUGGUGGUUUGUUGGUCUUGCUGACUUCAAGAAUGAAGCCGCAGACCUUGGUGGAGUGUU